GCGGCGGCGGAGCGGGGCGGGGGCGGCGGCCCCGCAGGUGGCGGAACCGGUGCGGAGGGACCGGGCAGCGGCGGGGGCUCCCAGCGGGUUUGGGGGCGCUGAGCCCUCCCUUGAAGCCCUCCAGACCCCCGGCACGCCGAGGAUGCUCGGGGGGGGCCCGCGAACCCCCCAAGAGCGCAGCGGCGCCGGGAGUUGAGCUGCGGGGUCCCCGCGCCGCUGCCCCCCCCCCCCUCCAAGAUGUCCUAUUUCACCGAGCACUUCUGGGGUGAGAAGAACCACGGCUUCGAUGUCCUCUACCACAACAUGAAGCACGGGCAGAUCUCCACCAAGGAGCUCGCCGACUUCGUCCGGGAGAGGGCCGCCAUCGAGGAGAACUACGCCAAGGCCAUGGUGAAGCUGUCGAAGAUGGCCACGAACGGGACCCAGCUGGGGACCUUCGCGCCUCUGUGGGAGGUUUUCCGCAUCUCCUCGGACAAGCUGGCGCUGUGCCACCUGGAGCUGAUGAAGAAGCUGCACGACCUCAUCAAGGAGAUCUCGCGCUACGGCGAGGAGCAAGGCCGGGUGCACAAGAAGUCCAAGGAGGAGGUGGCGGGGACGCUGGAGGCCGUGCAGCUGCUGCACGGGGUGGCCCAGCUGCUGCCCAAGUCCAAGGAGAGCUACCACAGCAAGUGCCAGGAGUACGAGCGGCUGCGCAAGGAGGGCACCAGCCAGAAGGAGAUCGACAAGGCGGAGCUGAAGUCGCGGAAGGCGGGCGAGGCGCUGCGGAGGGCGGUGGAGAAAUACAACGCUGCCCGCGCCGACUUCGAGCAGCGCAUGCUGGACUCGGCCAUGCGCUUCCAGGAGGUGGAAGAAGCCCACCUGCGGCACAUGAAGGGGCUCAUCGGCUCCUACUCGCACUCUGUGGAGGACACCCACGUCCAGAUCGGCCAGGUGCACGAGGAGUUCAAGCAGAACGUGGAGAACAUCGGCACGGAGAUGCUGCUGCGGAGGUUUGCCGAGAGCAAGGGCACGGGGAGGGAGCGGCCAGGAGCGUUGGAUUUCGACGAGUACCGGCUGGCUCCAGCGCAGGAAGGACCCAAGAGGAGCCGGAGCAAAGCGUUCCGGAUCCCGGGCUUGAGCCGUAAGGAGCGGGAGCGUGACGCUGUGGAAUCUCCGGAUAACGACCUGGGCUGCCCCGAGGUGGACGAGGACGGAUUCACCGUGCGCCCCGAGAGCGCCCGCAGCGAGGUGGAGAACCCGGGCUGCUCCUCCAGCGACUCCGACUACGACGAGGACGAGCCGCGCAAGUUUUACGUGCACAUCAAGCCGGUGCAGCCGCGGGAGGCGCCCGGCAGCGCCGAGGCCGCCGUGGAGCAGCUCAAGGCCACCGUGGGCAAUCUCAUCCUGGCCCCCGGUGUUGGGGGCACCGUCAGGAGGCAGGCGUCACGGCACACGGCAUCCCUGACCCCGGCCUGCAGUGACACAGACCCCGAGGGGACACUGGCAGCAGGUGACAGCACAGGGAGGGCUCUCCCGGUGGCACAGAUGAACAGCGGCCCCGGGAAGCCCCCCCAGGACCCCCCACCCUCAGCCGCGCUCUUCGGUCCCCCCCUGGAGUCGGCGUUGGAGGCAGAGGAAUUCCCGGCCCCCCGCUCCUACGUCCUCACCUCGUCCUCGUCGCCCUUCUCCUCCUCGUCCCCGGAGAACGUGGAGGACUCGGGGCUGGACUCGCCCUCUCACCCCGCUCCCGGUCCCUCCCCGGACUCCCGGCCCUGGACCCCGCAGCCGGGGACGCCGCAGAGCCCCGGCCCCAAAGCGGAGCCGCCCCCGGGCUUGAGCAGCAGCAGCAGCAGCAGCGCCUGGGCCCCGCGGCCCCGCAGCCCCUCCGGCCGCCUCCCCGAGCCCCCCAACUUCGCCGUUUUCAGCGGCCCCGGCGCCGAGGGGCUCUGGGGGGACGCGGGGGCCGCGCCCCGGGCUCGCAGCCGCUGCCUCAGCGGCCCCGCCCCACGAGAAGCGCCCUCGCCGGACCCGUUUGGAGAGCCCCCGGUGUGGGGCAGACCCCGCAGCCCCGGCGGGGAGCAGCCCCCCCUGACGCGGCCUUCCUCCAACUCGGCCUCCUCGUCCUCCUCCUCGCCGGCCCCCCCGAGCGGGGGGGAGUCCUCCAGCCCCUCUCCCUGGGGCUGCCAAGGGCCGGGGACCAGGCUGAGCGAGGGGGGCACGGCCGGGACCCCCCCUCUGCAGUCGGAGCCGGAUUCGGUGCCCUCCUGGCCCAGCGCUGCCCCUCGGGACGUUCCUCUCGUGGCUCCCCCGCGCCGCUCCCGCACCAAGCGACCGCCGGCCGGGCCGGGCAGCAACAGCGACCUGUCGCGCUCGCUGAGCCCCUCGCCCUCCUGGAGCUGCGGCCCCUCGCACUCGGCCCCCGCCAGCCUGGGCGAGCGCGGCUUCUUCACCGUGGCCCCGCCGGCGCUCGGGCUGUCCCGCGGCCCCAGCCCCGUGGUGCUGGGCUCGCAGGACGCGCUGCCCGUGGCCACCGCCUUCACCGAGUACGUGCACGCCUACUUCAAGGGGCGCGACGCCGACAGCUGCCUGGUGAAGGUGACAGGGGAGCUGACCAUGUCCUUCCCCGCCGGCAUCGUGCGCGUCUUCGGCGGCCCCGCGGCGCCGCCCGUGCUCAGCUUCCGCCUGCUCAACGCCGGAGCCAUCGAGCAGUUCCUGCCCAACGCCGAGCUGCUCUACAGCGACCCCUCCCAGAGCGACCCCAGCACCAAGGACUUCUGGCUGAACAUGGCAGCGCUGACCGGGCACCUGCAGAAGCAGGCGGAGCAGAGCCCGGCCGCCUCCUACUACAACGUGGCGCUGCUCAAGUACCAGUUCUCGCGGCUGGGCCCCGGCUCGGCGCCGCUGCGGCUCUGCGUGCGCUGGGACUGCGCGCCCGGCGCCACGCGGGUCAGCGUGGAGUACGGCUACAACGCGGCCGCCCUGGCACUGCCCGUGCCCCUGGGCAACGUGCACGUCCUGCUGCCCGUGGAGGAGCCCCUGACCAACCUGCGGCUGCAGCCCGCCGCCAGCUGGAACCUGGAGGAGAAGCGGCUGCUCUGGAAGCUGCUGGACAUCCCCGGAGCGCCGGGGCAGGGAGGCUGCGGGCGGCUCUCGGCCAGCUGGGAGCCGCUGGGGGGGCCCAGCAAGCCCAGCCCCGUGGCCGCCCAGUUCAGCAGCGAGGGCAGCACCCUGUCGGGAGUGGAGGUGGAGCUGGCGGGCGCCGGGUACCGCAUGUCGCUGGUCAAGAAGAGGUUUGCUACAGGGAUUUACCUGGCGGGGUCCUGAGAGGCUCCCGGACCCCCCCGGGCCCCCCCCGGGCUUUUCCCGCGGUUGUGUGAAUUGGAAACACUGGAUGGAGGCGGGCUGGGGAGGUGGCGCCUCUUCCUCCUCCUCUUUUCCCUCCUCCUCCUCCUCCUCCUGUCCCCUCCCUGUCGCUGUCCCCGCUUCGUCUCCUGCUCCCCCUCCCGCUGCCCUCCCCUGUGCUGUGAAGGGAGCAGGAGCUGCUCUUUUA